ACUCCGGUACCGAACACGUGAUACGUGGCCCCAGUUUUACGGGAGCGUUCUGAAGUACUAGUGGGAUUUCUUAAUCCGAAGAGGAAUACUAUCGCGUCUAUGGAGCGGUUCGAUAAAGACACCUCUCUUUCAAUGAGGAAAAGGCUAAUUGGGAAGUCCUGUCGACUGUUUUUCUCAGAUGAUCCAGUGAAAAUAGUAAGAGCUCGUGGCCAGUAUUUAUAUGACGAAAAUGGGAAACGGUAUCUGGACUGUAUCAGCAAUGUCCAGCACGUCGGACACUGCAACCCAGUUGUCACCAAGGCAGCCUCUGCGCAGAUGGAGCUCCUUAAUGCCAACACCCGCUUCCUGAAUGACAACAUCCUUUACUAUGCUGAACGGCUGGCUGCCACGCUGCCUGAAAAGCUUGCCGUGUUCUACUUUGUCAACUCAGGGUCAGAGGCCAACGACCUGGCCCUGCGACUCGCUCGACAGUACACCAAACACAAUGAUGUCAUAGUGCUGGACCAUGCGUACCACGGCCACCUGACAUCUUUGAUUGACAUUAGCCCCUAUAAGUUCCGGAAACUGGAGGGGCAGAAGGACUGGGUUCAUGUGGCACCGCUCCCCGAUACAUACAGGGGGAAGUACAGGGAGGACCACCCAGACCCUGGUCAAGCCUAUGCAGAUGCUGUGAAGGAUCUGAUUGAAGAAGUCCACAAGAAAGGCUGCAAGGUUGCCGCUUUCUUCGCCGAGUCUCUGCCUAGCGUUGCAGGACAGAUCAUUUUACCCUCAGGUUACUCCAGGAAGGUAGCAGACCAUAUACAUGCUGCAGGUGGGGUAUUUGUGGCAGACGAGGUGCAGGUGGGCUUUGGCCGUGUGGGGAGCCACUUCUGGGCCUUCCAGCUACAAGGGGACGAUUUCUGCCCCGACAUCGUGACUUUGGGCAAACCCAUGGGUAACGGGCACCCAGUAGCCUGCGUCGUGACGACACAGGAGAUCGCAGACGCCUUCACAGCCACCGGCGUUGAGUAUUUCAACACGUUUGGUGGAAAUCCCGUCUCCUGUGCAAUUGGCUUGGCAGUCCUGGAUGUCAUUGAAAACGACAACUUGAGGGAGAACGCGGCCUCAGUUGGAGGACAUCUACUAGACCUCCUGAAAGAGCUACAGAGCAAGCAUACGAUCAUUGGAGAUGUACGAGGGGUGGGGCUGUUUGUUGGCGUUGAGCUGGUGAUGGACCGGGCACAGCGGACCCCAGCCACAGAGGAGGCAUCAGAGCUAGUGAGGAGGUUGAAAGAAGAGUUCGUCUGCAUGAGCACCGACGGACCAGGGGAGAACGUGCUCAAGUUCAAACCACCACUGUGCUUUAGUGUGGAAGACGCACAGCUGGUUGUGGGGAAAAUCGAUCGUAUCCUGUCAGGUAAGUAUUACAGCAUAGAUCAUUCAAGAGCGACAUCACUAGAGAAAAAUGACAACUUAAAAUGUACAUUUCCCUCCCUCUUUUAAAAGAUAUGGCAGCCAAGGAGCAGAAUAAAAAGGAGCUGCUUCACAAGGAAUAGCAUGAUUGCACAUGGAAAGAAGUUAGCAGAGAGCCUACAGCUCUGCACGUGGCAUGUCGAAGUCUGAGGACCCUGUGAGUGAUGGGUCACUGUGAGCGAACCAUUUAUGACCACAGGGGAAAUCAAGCAAAACAUUGUCAUUUUGAAAGACGUCUCCCAGAUGCCUCCUAAAUGUUUUGUGGUGCUAUUUAAUCUCAAAGCAAAAAUGUAAAGGUUUACAGUAUCUAUACAACAUUGAAUAAAAGGCAGUAUGAAAUCCUGAAA